AUGAAGGUCCGCUCGUCUGUGAAGCGCAUGUGCGACGGCUGCAAGAUCGUCCGCCGACGGAAGAAAGUUUACGUGAUCUGCGACCGCAGCCCCAAGCACAAGCAGCGCCAAGGCUUCCACACGACCGCGUUGGCGCUUCUCAAGGACGCUGUAGUCGCACCCCAGACGGACUUCCAAGCGGCACUUCAGCUGCUGCAGUUCCCUGGCCUUGCUUCGUUCAAGAGCUUCCGUGACGCUGUUAUCCAGCUUCCAAAGCUGUAG